CAUAAUCGGUGUUAAGGGGUGUACAAGUCAACAGACUUCAUAUGACUGCACAAAACUGUUCACACUGAAAGGACCGAAUCGAGAAAACAUUGAACGUAGCCAAGAUGGGAGAUCUGAAAUGCGACAAAUGUCCAAAAGGAAAAUAUAUGGUUUCCAGCUGCAAUGCCACAUCGAAUACAGUGUGUAAAACCUGUCCACGACGCACAUUUAUUGAUCAGGAAAACAACCUGAGCCAGUGUCGAGCCUGCAGGGCGUGCUCCAGCACCAGCAACAUGGAGAUGGUAAAGGAGUGUGAGGAAGACAAAAACACAGAGUGCAGGUGUAAGCCGGGAUACUACUGUACACACGUGAGUGAAUCUCACUGCGAUAACUGCAGUCCGGUCUUCACGUGUCCUCCAGGGAAAGGAGUUGCCUUUCGUCACACGUUCCUGAAAAACACAGUGUGCAGUCCCUGCCUAGAGGGAACCUACAGCGAUGUGGACGACUACGUUUCCGGCUGCAAAAAUUAUACAAGUUGUGAUGAUCUGGGUCGACAUGUGAAGGUUAUUGGGACCAGCCAAUCAGAUGUUGUGUGUGGACAAUUUAAAGCGUCUUGUUCUUGGCUGUUACCUGCUAGUCUGUGGGCAGGGAUUGUGAUUACUGCCGUGAUUAUAUUUCUGAUCCUGUUUAUAAUUUAUUGGAGAAAUAAAUGUCAGUCAAAAACAUUAGAGAUUUCUUUAAGACACGUCUCGCCAGUGCUUCCUCCAGACAUCCUGAAAUACCCUGCAGACUGUGAUGUGGAGAAGCAUGCAGAACUCACACAUUUAGUUGGAAAGUACCCAGAAAUGGACAGCAGCAUACAGAGUGAUGGAUUUUUGCCAACACUGACAGUGUCAGAGAAAUACAGGCCCUCAACUGCCGCAAAUGGAUAUACAGACAGCAUCACAUCCCACUUGAACUAUCAGUCGGAGCCGCAGGAGUCUGAAUGGAACGAUUAACUUUGGCUCACAAACAUCCUAUUAACCUGACAAUUAUCUACAGUAUAGAGUGGUUUUAUCUACCAGCGUAGAAGCUUUACUUCUGUUCUGGUAGAAAUUGUAAAUAACUAAUUUUAUUUUUUAUAGAAAAAGAAAAAUUAUUGAAUACACAUUUUACAAAACUUAUAUGUAUGAAAACAUAAAUAGAUACUGCAGUUACACAUUAUGUUCUCACUUGUAGUAAUAACAAUAUAUUGUAUUCAUUUAAGUUUUUUCCAGACGUUUCAUUUAAUUUCAAUAAAUGAUUAUUCAAUAAAUUGGUAUUUGAA